GGCUGAAUGUGUCAGUGGGACCGGGCCGGUACGGUACGGACCCUGCUAACUCUUCACAUAUUGUUUCAGCAGACAAAGGCCACCGGCUGGGUCUUCGCAGAUCAUCACGUUCAUGAGGUAAACUGGCCAAGCAAGUGGGAGAAGUCGGCGGAUCUGGGCGAGACAAACCCGGGAUGAAGCAAAGCCGUGGUCGGUGCAUCUGGUACUUGGAGAAUAACCGACUGACAACUCCCCCAGCCUAGUGAGAUGUGAUGGAUUUCCGAGGCAAAAAAUAUGAGCGAGGAAGUAACUGGUCAGAUCCUGAGGUCGUGGAGUUGCUGCAGCUUUGGGCUGAUGAAUCUGUUCAGAUGGAGUUGGAGAGUUGCCUGAGGAAUCAGCAUGUCUUCAACAGGAUAGCUGAAGUCUUGAGGGAAAAGGGUAUCCACAGAACAGGAGACCAGUGUCGGGAGAAGAUUAAAAAGAUGAAGCUUGAGUAUAGAAGAAUUAAGGACAACAACAAGAUUUGCAGGGGCGGUAGAACCUGGAAGUUCUUUGAGGUGAUGGACAGAGUGCUGUCCAACAGACCAAAUAUUUGUUAUAGUACUGUGGGUAACACAGUGAUAACACAGCAAAUACCACCAGGUAUUCUGGCAGCAGGAGAUGGAUAUAUUCAUCAUCACCACCACCAUCACUUGACUUCUCCUCCACUUGGUAUUUCUCAUUCACAUCAUCCUCAAGAAUUAAUGGAUAUUAAAUGUGAAGAAGUGGAUUCGGAUGAGCACAGUGACACUCCUGAACCACCACCCUCCCUUGUGCUCCAGCAGAGUGGAGAUGAUCAUGGAAUGGAUGGGAGUCUGUUGGAAGGAGGGCAACAUGAUGGAUCGUCAGCUAUUAGGGUGGAUGUUCCCACAGAGAAUACCAUUUCCCCAUCAGACUAUGGCAAUCCAAAUCUAGGUGGCAGCUCCUCGGGAUUGCACACCUCAGGGCCUGCGUUUUCUACCCUUCACAGACUUCGCCGGAAAAGGAAGCCAACCCGGGUGAAGGAUCCCUUGGAUGACAUUCUUCUCAAAUUUCUAACAGCACAGAGAGUAGUGGAGGAACGUUUCUUGCAAAUGGAGGAACGGAGAAUGCAGCGGGACAUGGAACUAGAAGACAGGCGGAUGCAGUUAGAGCAGCGUCGGAUGGAAUUGGAAAGGGAGCACGAGUACAGAAUGUUCACCAUAUUUGCUCAGAUGGUGAAUGCACUUCGGCAUGGUGGCUCCAUGCAGACGUUAGGGCUGGACCUCAGCCAGGUCUUCUCUCAGUCUUCUGAUCAAGCUGCUGAAACCGUUAGUGCCCCAUGCUCAGCCUCCACCUCUAGAGAUGGUGGCAGCAGACUGCAACAUCAGAACAAGCCUUUACCUAAUGGAUUGAUAGAUGCCGUGGCUCAUGCAGAGCUGAAUUCAACAUUCCAGCACCUUCAGUCAAGUAUUUAUUUAUCUAAAAGAGGAAAUGAAAUUAAUAAGUUUUGUGGAACAUUUCAGAAAGAUUAUACUGCCUAUCAUGCAGAUAAGUAUGAUGAAGACAAAAACCCUAAUGGUAUUAUUAAUCUAGGACCCAGCGAAAACAAGCUGUGCUUUGAUCUUCUUUCCAAAAGGUUAAUGCAGACUGACGUAAUUCAGAUAGAUCUGCCACCCUUGGAAUGCUCAGACUGGAAAGGACAAGAGUUUCUCCGAGUGGACAUUGCAAAGUUUUUGACGCAUCACUGUAAAGCUCCUGUGUAUCUCAAGCCUGACAACAUAGUGGUGGUUAAUGGCUGUGGAUCUCUCUUUUCCUCAUUGUCUGCUGUGCUCUGUGAUCCUGGAGAUAGAAUUCUACUACCUACUCCAUACCAAGGUGUUAUUAAGGAUGACCUUUUUCUCUACAGCAAAGUCAAACCACAACUCGUGCAUUUGGAGAGCACAGUGACUGAUGGUGAUACACGAACAUUUCAUCUUACAGUGGGAAAGCUUAAAAAGUCAAUGGAAACUGCACAGCUCCAGGGUCAGAGAGUCACAGCUAUGGUUCUCACAAAUCCUCACAAUCCCCUGGGUGAUAUUUAUUCGGCAACAGAAAUGAAAGAAUUUCUUGAAUUUGCUAAAAGAUACAAACUGCAUGUAAUUGUGGAUGAAGUGUUCAUGCUUUCCGUAUUUGAUGAUGUGAAUUCAUUCCAAAGUAUCCUCAGCUUUGAUAAGCUUCCUGAUCCACAGAGAACUCAUAUUAUGUGGGGAAUUAGCAAGGAGUUUUCAGCCAGUGGACUUCACAUCAGUACCCUAUACACUGAGAAUACAGAUGUUAUUAGUGCCCUCAGCCGACUUUCAUGCUUCCAUAGUGUCCCAGGUCCUACACAGCAUUUGGUAGCACAGUUACUGAGAGACCAAGAUUGGUUCAAUAAUGUUUUUUUGCCAGUGAACCGAACGAGACUAAAAGCUGCCCACAAGUUCAUGACAAAUGAACUAAUAGCAAUGGACAUUCCAUUCCUGAACCGACGUGCAGGCCAUUAUAUCUGGGCUGAUUUUAGAAAGUAUUUAAAGAAUCCAACAUUUGAAGAAGAAACAAAUCUGUGGAAGCAAUUUCUUAACAAUAAAAUCCUGCUCAGCGGGGGGAAAUCGUUUGGAUGCAGUGAACCUGGAUGGUUCAGCAUUGCAUUUGCUGACAAAUCCAAUCGGCUGCAAUUAGGAAUGCACAGACUUAGGAAGGUCCUGCAAGGGCAAGAUUCAGUGAUCCAGUCUGUUGAAAAAGAGGCUAAUCCUGAUCCUGAGAGCAGAACCAAAAUUGCUGAAGAUGUCCUAGAAAUUGGCAUCCAGCCAUCUCCAGCUGACCCUGCUCUCGAUGGUUUGAUCGGACUUCUUCGCGAACAGAUUCGAACAACUGACUGGUUACAAAGAAACACAGCUGAACAGUUUGCUCAAGAGAAUCCUGAAGUCCAUGAAGUUUUCAGCAAGCUUGCGGAGAAAUAAUCUUGUUUUGCAAUUUACAAAAAUGCAUUAGUAAGAAUGUAUUAGUCAUUAAUUUCAGGGACUGAUAGACUGGAAACAUAAAGCUGAAGUGGUACUAUAGAAUACUACUGGUAAUUUUAACUUUUUUUUAACUUAUUUCUCAUAUCUGUACAUAAAGCCACCCUUCCCAUUCUAAGGGAAUUUUACUACUUGAUGCAUUGAGAAAUAUCACCUUCAUAGAACUGCUACCGUCAAGACUAAAUUGACUAAUUGACUAAAUUGGGGCAGAAGUGACUGGACAAGGCAAGGAUGACAAAUAUCUAUUUCCUUCUGUCACACAAUAAUGUAGAAUCCAUUGCACUAUCCCCUUAAUGAAGAAAUCACCUUGUUUAUUUGAUACAGAUUGCAAAUAAACUUAAGUACAUGCAUAGGAACAAUAUCAGCUUGUAGUUGUGAAUGGAACAAUUUGAUAGGUCUCAUUUGGGUUUUUUAAAUGAUGGUUGAGAUAUUGUCAAUUGCUUUCUUUGUAUCAUUAUUCAUAACUAUCAGGAGGCACGAUUGAUUUUUAUGGUGUCACUUUUUUGUGUAUUUUGGGAGAGCAGGAAGGUCUUGCUCAUGAAUGCAACGCCUAUGUUUUUGAACCUCAUCAAAUGUAAAAUGAAACCUAAUGUACAGUCCAUUUAAGCUGUGUGUUUAGGACAAUAAAAUAGAAAGGCUGAGUAUUGCAGAAAAUAGUGUAAAUAUAAAAAUAAUCUGUAACAGACUGAUGAGCACUUGAAAAAUAAAAACGGGUGGGUGAGGCCCCGCUACCAGAACUUCUGCUUUAGACAAAGGGCAGCACCUAACACAAACAGGUUUUUUUUUGUUGCAGAUUGUCCAUUUCCACUAUCUUCUGAUUUUAUUUAAUAUCUCUGGUAUUUUUAACUCCAUAAGGGAAUCCUCAUCCAUUGUUCAAGAGGCUGCAAAUUUGUGCAGAGCAUUGAUUAAUUCAUUUAUAUUUUGAACAUUCACUAGUCAAAUUAAAUUCCUGAUUCAAGGAUAUAAUUAAUAAAGGAAUUGAACAUCGAUGCUCUCAUCUGUGAACAAACAAGAACAUAAGCAGUGGAAUCGGCCAUAUAAUUCACAUCUGAGAAUGAUGGUACAGAAUCCAUGACUGCCACAGCAUGCUGUCCUUCUGAAUGAAGUAAAAAGCUGGCUCCCGUUUUUGUUUAAUUUCACAUGUGCUUUUUAUUUGUUUUUAAUGAGAAGAAACUGUCAAAGGAAGAUGUAAACUUAAUGAAAGGGAAUGACUACACACAUGCCAUUAAGAAGAUAUUCAAAUCCCUCAACUAAACCACAGUAAAAGAAUGAGAAUGAUUUCUACAGUUAAAAGUUUGCAUUAUGUUUUCAGUAAGUCAGGUGUAGUACUCGUGAAGCCCUUUUAAAAUGAUUUUUGUAGUUGAAAUUCAUUGAGUUCUUAUGGGCAUUUUGAAUGUUCGGAUGGUUCUUCCAGAAGAUGCUUUGUACCAUGAUGAAAUUGUAUUGUUUUUACAUUGAAAGUAUUAUUCAUGAAGAGUACUAGAUAUUACUACUGCUUAUAUGUCCUAUUUAUUGACUUUACAUCACUUUUAAUUGCAUUAAAUGCCAAUUAAUUUAAAUGCGUACCAGUGUGUGUACAUCCUAUUUCUGCUUUCUCAUGGCAACUCAUUUUUAGGAGGAAUUUAUUUCUGUUUCGUUUGAUUGACUACUACUCUUUUGAGGUCUAUGCUUUUACAUUGGGAAGGAUUUCUAAUUUGAUGGUAGCCAUUGGUCCUGAUUUUUGAGUGUUUUGAAGAUGUGAAUGCUAAAUGUUGUCUCAGUUGAAGAAGCUUCCAGAAACUGUUGCAACUAUUUUAAAAAAACUCAGAAUUAUCAUUACUGAUUAAUGUUGUUUUCCUCACCCUAACUUGAUUUUAAAAUAAAUAGAUAAAAGUUUAGACAUUUUAACAUUGUUCAAUACAUAAUCAGAAAUUUUUACUACAAAUGUUGCCCGUCUUCUGUAGAGGAAGACACCAUACUAAUUCCAGUCUUUGAAUGAAAAUUAAAAGGGGAAUAAAUUACAAGAGCUAUGGAAAGACAGAAGUAGGACUAAUUAGAUAAACAUGUCAAAUAGCUGGCAUAUGUGUGAUGUGCCAAUAGCCUCUUUGCUGUAUCACUCCACGAUCAAUUUUUAUUUCAGAUUGUGGCUAUUCACUUGAGUUACUUUUAUUUCUAAAAGUUUAAUCAGUCUCAACAUGGGAUUUAUUAAGAUUCAGUGAACAAAAUUAAACUGAAAAGUCUGGUUCUACUUCCUAUUACAUGCUGUAACUUUCAUAAUUUGUCAGCUCACUCUGAAGUUUAGCUUGUGUGGAAGACAAGUAUUUUUUAUGGAAGUACUUUCACCGUAUUUGAACUGAGUUUGGUUGUAUCGUUAUUUGGCAAUGUGACUUGUGAUACUGAUUUUGUGUGGUUAAUUAAAUUAGCACUUUCAUUUAGUGUCUUGAUGUCUCUAAGAUGAAACAUGCAGAUUCUACUUCUAAUUUUGUAAAUACAACUGUAUUCCAGUUGUCCAAAAAUAAUGAGGAACUAUGGUUGAUCUGGAGGGGGAUAAAAUAAAAGACGAAAGAAGAAUAGUUCAAAAAAAUGUAAUUCCUUAUUGAAAAUGCAUUGUAAUUUUUCCACUCUGAGCUCAAGUCUAAGGAUAGUAUUUCUCUGCCUAGUUCCCACUUAAGCAUUAGCAGUUGAUUAGUUACUAGAAAAGCAAAAUUGCACAGAUGCUGGAAAUCUGAAAUAAAACAAAAAAAAUGUUGAGAAUAGCAGGCCAGGCAGUAUCCAUGAUGAGAGAACACCAUUGAUCUGAAAUGUUAAUUCUGUUCUCUCCCCACAGAAUGUCUGACCUGAGUAUUUCCAACAUAUCAUAUCUUAGAUCAAACUUAAAAGCUUUUCAUUUUGUUUCGUACUGAAAGUACUGUGGAAUUUGGUUAUGUGAGUCUUUUGUGUUGAUCUGCCUUUAAUUUUGCUUUCCUCAACUAAUGACUAAUGUUUCGUUCCGUAGUGUAAAUGGCUAUCAUUAUACAUAAGGCACAAACGUAAUAUGUCAUAUGUUAUCUUAGAACAUUGUCACAAGGAACUAAGUCACAGUGUGGCCAAAAUGACUAAACCUAAUAUAUGUAGAAGUGACAUCUAAUUGUGUUAUGAAAUCCAAAUGGACAGAGAAGGCAAUUAAAUUUCAUAUGAAAUGUAUUUGAUCUAAUGUUGCACAGUAAUGAUUCAAUGUGAUGUAGAUUUAGUGUCUACGCAGUUUAAACAUGCCACUUGUUAAUAUAUUCAUUAUGUAAAGUAGUUUUUUUAAUUUGAAGUCUGAUUUCAUAUGUCCAGUAAAAUUAUG